AUGGGUAAUACAACUAACACUGACAGUCGGCGUCUGUCGUCAUCAUCACCUUCGCCACAAUCAUCAUCAUCAUCAUCAUUAUCACGAUCUUCUAUACAUAGGCAAGAUUCAGCAACAAAAGAAAUCCAUAUUAGCACUAAUCAUGUCGAUGGAUUUCAUUACACUGGCGAACUAUUGAGUGGAACGGUAAGGAUUCCUCGUUCGUUUCUUCAUCGCCAUUUGAACAGUAUUAAACACCGUACACCAGCGGAAGCGUUGCACAAACGAUCAUUACGAAGUGCAAUUAUGAUCGAACUCGUCGGUGAUGCAACUUAUUCAGCAGAAAUCGAUACAGCUGCUGACAGCGAUGGACAUGUUGAACACAAAGUCAAUCUGUGUCGAGAACGCUGUAUAGUUACAAUAAAUCAAAAUCGAAUAGCAUCGGAAACAUUAGUUCAUUCGUCUUCAUCACCCGACUCGAUCUCAACACCAACCAAUGCACCGCCAAUCAUACAUGGAACGUUCCAAAUUCAGAUUCCGGACGAUCUUCCACCGUCAUUAGCGAAUGAACAUUCACCAUCGGUUGUCUAUUCAUUAGAAUUGAGUAUAUCAUCAAGUCGAUCUCGUUAUCAAAUACCGAUCGUACUCAGCUCGAAAGGUUCGAUUCCACAUCCAAUGACUGGCAUCGAAUUGCAUAAUAGUGUUGUCAACCGAAAUGAUAUACAUUUACGUGCUUCCGUAGCAAAAAUCUUCUAUCGACCUGGCGAGCAGAUUCCAGUGCGAAUCAAUUACUCGAAUCCGCAGCAACGUUCAGUUCGCUCGAUAACCGUACGGCUUCUACAAAUCUAUCGUAUUCACCACGAUCACAAACGUUUACAGAUCGAUGGAAAGGAAUGGACAUUCGAUACAUCAACAAUGUUACCACAACGUGAAUGGAUCGGCGAAGCAAGUCUACAAUUAUUCGAUCGACAACUACAAGCGUCGUAUCCCACUCAUUAUGUUGGCACUACGCAGACAAUCGAAUGUGCAUUAGACUAUUCGAUUCUCGUCGAGUUAAUUGAGAGAAAAGGAGAUGAUAUUCAAUUAAUCUUAUCACCUAUUCAAAUAACCUAUCAAGUGUAG